AUGGUCGAACUCAUUAACCCCCCCGAAACUCGUGAACUGCUUCCCCCUCUCCUCGCCUGCCUCCCGCUCGCUUUCGUCUCGCCGCGAGCUCCCCCAGCCCUGCUACCUCUGCUCUCCCCUAUUCUGCGCCAAAGAGUGGGAGUCCUUAGCUCCUUAUCUACAUCCUCCACUGAGUCAUGGUUACAACUCCUGUGCUGGGAUGCUGGGAAAGCAGAGCGUCUGCAGAGGAUCAUUGAUGGAGCCACUUUUGAACCACACCCCGUAUCGGGCGAGAUCGAGCUUCCAGAUCAGCUUCCAGUGACAUACAAACGGGUCGACGAUGAGACCCUUAAAGCACAAGUUCCACUCACUGAAUACAGCUUGACAGUGGUCUAUCUGUGGUGCCCGACAGACGAAGAGGGAGGUGGCCGUGGUUGGCGAGUUGCAGAGCUGCUGCCGCGGGAGGGACCUGCUGAGGACGACAGUACCUGGGAUUCGUCUAUUGGAGAGGCGAAUACCAAAGCAAAAGAUAAGCUCAUGGCUGAUGUCUUGGGCACUGCCGCGGAAGAGAGUCUCCAGCGGAAUGACAUGGAGAACGAUGAAGAUGACGAUUAUUGGGCUCAGUAUGACUCUACACCUGGGGCCAAGACCCCUGCGCCGCGUGCUGCUUCAUCGAAGCUGGGACCGUCUGGUUUAUCCGAGCAGUCAUAUUUCUCACAGUACGGUGACGUGCAGCCAGCCAUGGAUAAUCAUGAUCCGGCGGAGGAGCAACCUGAGGUUGGACCGACAUCGCUCAACGGAGAUUUGCUGGCCAAUCUCUUACGGCGACAGGUGGACAGCCUCAAUCCAGAUGAUGAGCCACGCACCAACGGAUAUUCUCCAGAACAUAUUCCCAGUGAUAAGGCUGCGCAGGCUUUAAAUCAUCCGCGCCCGGCCUCCACCUCCUCUGCUAGCUCGAUUGCCGUUUCCAGAUUGGAACAAGAGGCGGAGAUUCAGUCCAACUUUGAGGUGGGAGUGAAACAACACAUCGGUACAAGCAUCAAGAGUUUGUUCCGUCUGGCGAAGGCCACGGGAAUGCCCCGUGCAGAGUUCCAGGAACUAGUCUCGACAGAGUUGGAACUUUUGAAUGUUACCGAUGACGAUUGA